AUGUCUGGCUUCACAUUCGGACAGCCGAGCGGCAACAACGCUGGCUCCAACGCGCCAAAACCGGCGGGUGGAUUGUUUGGCGGUGCAGGAAACACGACCGGCAGCUCGUCCCCCUCCCUCUUCGGCACCGCCAACACUGGAUCGAGCGCACCGAGCACAGGAGGACUGUUUGGCGGCGGCGGAGGAAGCGCUGUAGGCGCAGGUCUCUUUGGCGGCGGAGCAUCUAACACACCGGCGGCGAGCAAGCCUGCGGGAGGCCUCUUUGGCGGUGGAGCUACAGCAGGCGCAUCUUCGACACCAAGCUUUGGCUUCGGCAGUGCAGCAAAGACGGGUGACGCAGCAAAGCCAACGAUGUUUGGCGGUGCUUCAACUGGGGCUGCACCAGCUGCUUCCCCCGGCACCACCUCGUCAUUUGGAUUCGGCUCAACACCCACUGCCACCCCCGCCACAAACAAGACAUCUUUCCUUCCCUCAACGACACCCGCUGGUCCUCCCCCAGGCUCCAACCUGUUCGGUGGACAGACACCUGCGGCCUCAUCUGGCUUUUCCCUAGGAGGAGGACAAAACAACCAGACUGGUGCGAGCUCGUCGGGGUCAGGCUUGUUCGGGGGAGCCGCGAAGCCUGCUGUGCCAACAGCUGGAUCAACGCCUGGCUUGUUUGGAGCCAAACCUGCAGGUGCUUCCACACCCACCACAGGUCUUUUUGGAGGCGCGCCCGGCUCCAACGACGCGAACAAGAGCGCAACCCCUCCGACCCCAGCCGGAUUGUUCGGUGGAGCCGCUCCUACAGCUUCUUCCAGCUCGCAAGAGACUCCUAAACCAGCAGGAGGACUGUUCGGUGGUGGCCUGCCUAGCACGACACCCGCAAGCAAGCCCCCUACAUUCAGCCUUGGAGGAUCCACACCUGCUGCCCAGCCAGCGGCCUCGCAACCAUCCGCAACGCCUUCGCUGGGAGGCUUCAGCUUAGGUGGCGGAGACAAGGACAAGACUGCGACUUCAUCAGCAGCGCCAACAUCCGGCCUGUUUGGCGCGGCUGCAUCGUCUACACCAAGUGCGCCCGCAGCUGGCGGCAACACUGGCCUCAACCUCUUCAAGAAGCCUGAAGCGAGCACACCUUCCAGCUCGACACCAGCAAGUGGAGCCGCACCAGCUGCGACAAGCUCGGCUCCGUCCAUGUUCGGCGGUAUGGGAGGUGGAAGCUCUGCGCCUCCAGCUUCGUCUGCAGCGGCGCCAACAUCAGCCGCAACGCCAGGUCUUUUCGGGGGCCUGGGUGGAGCAAAGCCCGCCUCGACCACAGCACCAGCUUCGACACCUGCGCAGCCCACUCCAUCACGGGGGGCUACGCCUGCACCUUCUGGCGAUGCUAACAAGAGCGGGCUUGCCAACUCGACAGCGGGUCCAGCACCCUCCGCUCAGUCACGCCUCAAGAACAAGUCCAUGGACGAGAUCAUCACACGAUGGGCCGCCGAUCUCUCCAAGUACCAAAAGGAGUUCCAAUCGCAAGCUGAGACUGUCGCACAGUGGGACCGAGCCCUCGUCGAGAACUCUGACAAAGUCCGCCAGCUGUACUCGAAGACCUUCCAAGCCGAGCGCGACGCAGCAGAGGUAGAGAGGCAACUGACCAUGAUGGAGGAGAACCAGCAAGAGCUCGACUCGUACCUCGACCGAUACGAAAAGGAGAUUGAGAACCUCAUGAAGAUGCACGGUGUUUCCGGCAGGUCUGAUGGUCUACGGGGCCCUGAUCAGGAGCGCGAGAGGACCUACAAACUCGCCGAGAAGCUGCAAGACCGCCUCAACGAGCUGAACAAAGACCUCACGGAGAUGAUUGAGGAAAUCAACAGCACAUCCCAAACCCUCAGCAAAACAGGCAAGCCCGACGACCCCCUCACAAAAGUCGUCCGCGUUCUCAACACCCAGCUGUCGCAGCUCCAGCUUAUCGACUCGGGCGCCUCGCAGCUGCAGGACAAGAUCAACCAGGCGCAAAAGGAGAGUCGCUCCCUGGGCGCCAAUGGCUGGAACGGUCUCGGCACCGAUCCCGCAGAGGACUUUUAUCGCAGUUUCCGCGGGAACAGAGUCGAGCGGUAUGGGGGGCAUGCGUAG